ACCAAAUUCUUCAUCCACUUUCUUAUAAAAAAAAAAAAAAAAAACUCUUCUUCCUCGCCAGACACAAAAUCUCGUCACUAUCCUCUUAUUAUUAUCUUUUUUUUUAAAAAAAAAAAAGGACUUUUGAUUUGUUUGAACAAUAAAGUUUAUUUAUUUAUAUAUUUAUUAUAUUUGUGUACGUAUGUAUAGUUGGAAUCCUUAAAGAGGAGGGAGGGUUGGGUUGGCUUAACAAAGUUGAUAUCAAAUCAAACCAGAGGACGCGAAGAGAGGGAGAGAGAGAGAGACGGGAACAGAAGAGGGAAAACCCUAGCUUUUACUUGGUUUGGUAAUGGCGGAUUUGGAGAAGCAGGUGGAGGAAGAGGGUGAGGUGGAAGGCGUAGAGAAAGAAAAGUUACUGGAGGGGGGGAUGGCUGUUCUGGAUUUCGACCUGCUCUGCUCAACGGUGGCCUUGCAGACACAGGGAAAAUGGAGGAAGCUUGAGAACCUUGAUCAAGAUGGAGAUGGAGACGGAGAUGGUGGGGAACUCGGAGGCGUUUUUCGGAUGUGGGAAGGUGAACUUCUCGAUUGCUUUGAAGACCGCCGUAUCGCUAUCGAAUCUGCUUGCUGUCCUUGCUACAGAUUUGGCAAAAACAUGAGGCGAGCUGGUUUUAGUUCUUGCUUUUUACAGGGAACUAUUUAUUUCAGUCUUGUCCUUGGUGCUUUUCUAAACUGUGUCGCCCUCAUUGUCACCAAGCGGAGUUGUUUCUUAUAUUUGUCGAUUGCUUUCACGAUUUCAGUAGGAGUAUACCUGGGGUUCUUUCGUUCCCAGAUAAAAAGGAAAUUCAACAUCAGGGGUAGCGAUAGUAAUCUGGACGAUUGUAUCUACCAUCUUGUCUGCCCGUGCUGCACGUUAUGUCAGGAAUCCAGAACGUUGGAGAUGAACAAUGUCCAAGAUGGCAUUUGGCACGGUCGUGGCGAUACAAUAUGCGUAGGGAGCCUUGCUGAAGGAAGAAAACCAUUCUUUGAGCUGCAACCCCCUCCUCUUAUUUCACCCGUGUUCCCGGAGACCUGUACUGUGCAAAUAACUACAGAUACUAAUGGUCACUCUUGAAGUGGGCAAUUCUAAGAACUGGGUCACUCUUCCCAGUAUCAAUGCACAGCUACUGCUGGGAAUCAUGUUUGAUAUUGGUUAUUGAUUUUUCCCACGUGGGAGUGAUUCUUGCCCUUUAAUGGGAGAAAGCUUGUUAAAGCCAGGGAUUUGGCUAUAGUCAGGUUGUGUCUUCGCUACUUGACCUCGGAUAUCUUUCUUCAGAUAGGUGAAUAGAAGAAAAGUUGAUUAGAAAAAUGUGCAAAUAGUAGACUGUAUACUUCUACCUCGCCUAGCCGUGGGGUCUUCUAAGCGAGCCCCGGCUCUAUAUGUAUGUACGGGUAGAACAUGUGGUCAUUGCUCUUGAUGCUGAAAUGUACAGAGUUAGCCAUUGGCGAGGGAACGUGUAUUGCUAGCAUGUUUUUCCUUGCUCUAGUUUUAUUUUUUGGGAAAACGAUUUUGUUUCUUGAAACGACAUAUUUCCCGACCAA